GAGUGAGUGCAUACAGUGUCCUGGGACCCUGUUUACUUAACAUUCCCAGCCAAGGAAGCCCUGGUUUAAAUAGGAUUGCGGAUGCAGCCUGCCCAUAUCAGAUGAGGAAAUGAUGACUGUGGGAUUUUAGAAAUUCCUUUGUUUAAAGCCUUAGUGUGGAUUAUGAGAAUGCAGAAUGCCUUUCCUUUUGGGCCUGCGGCAGGACAAAGAAACCUGCAUAGGAAUCAACAAUCAAAGUUAUAUCUGUGAAACAGGCCAUUGCUGUGGACAGUCUCAGUGCUGCAAUUAUUAUUAUGAGCUCUGGUGGUUCUGGCUAGUGUGGACGAUCAUCAUUAUACUGAGUUGCUGUUGUGUUUGCCAUCACCGACGCGCCAAACACAGACUCCAAGCACAACAGAGGCAGCAUGAAAUUAACCUGAUUGCCUAUCGCGAAGCUCAUAACUACUCCACCCUGCCAUUUUAUUUCCGAUUUUUGCCAAAUUAUUUACUACCUCCCUAUGAGGAAGUGGUGAACCGACCUCCGACCCCUCCCCCACCAUAUAGUGCCUUACAUCAGCAAUGCAUCCCACCUGGCAGUGGCAGUGCAGCACCAGACUCAAGAAACCUCCAGCCAGCCCAGACAGGCUCUCUGACCACAGCAGGAAGCAAUAAUGGAAGCCUAGACAGCGCUGCACCCCCCAGCAUUGGGGGCCGUGAAUCCUCUACUCCGCUAGUUGAGCGAUCAGCUGCAAAAGCAACAAGUGGUGAGCCAAGCGGUGCAGGAUUAGAAGAGAUGGAUGAUCACAUGUCUUGUUCUGAUAAGGAGCCAGAGUGCAAGGAAGAACUGCUUAAGGAUUACAACUCUGAAAGCUUAGACCACAACAGCGCGUUCCCUGAUGCAAAGGACAAGACACCUGGCAGGCACCGACGGUUCACAGGUGACUCGGGCAUUGAAAUCUGCAUCUGUAACCAGGACCACCAUGAUGGUGAUCUCAAGGAGUUGGAUGGGUUCCUUGACGAUGGACCCAUGGACUUCUGCGACAGCUGCAGUGGCCGCCCGCUGCAUGGAGAUGAGGAAGACGGGCUUUUCAGUGCCUCUGAUGAACAGCACAGAGAGCAUAGCCACCACCAUCUCCCGCGGCAGCCUGUUUGUGUGCUUCUGAACACCAUAAACGAACAGGACUCCCCAAACUCUCAUGCUAACACAUCCCCUAGCUAAACCAGCAGAGUCAAAAGGGAGGAUCUACAAAAGGAUAACCAUUACUUCAACCAAAAACAAAGCAGUUCUUAAGAUGUUAACUGUGGGAAUAGUCCUAAGUGGAUGGAGGGAGGGAAGGGCAGAAGUUUCUGGGCCUUCUUUUCUAAAUGGCCUCCCUUCUCUUCCAUCUGACUAGGGGCUUAAGAUUAAAAAUGAGGGUUUUAAAAAGAAAAAGGGAAAAAAGAACCUUUUCCUAUUGCUGAUUUUGGUGAUGGUAUAUUUGGUUGGUUGGUGUGUGUUUUUUUAAGUUUUUCAAGACAUAAUCCGAACAACUUAGUCUGAACUUACAAGAACAAGGAAUACUAGUGUAUUCCCUGCCCGUUCCAGGUGUCUUCCUAGAAGCCGGUGGCAUUUGAUGGCCCUGGCAGUCUGUUCAGUUAGUGCUGUUGGAGGGUUACUAUGAAUCCCCUGCCAUAUUUUUAUUUAAAUCAAUCCUUUCCUGUGAUCGUGUGUGUUGUUGGUUACAGCAACCUGUAGGACACUUUUUUCCUCUUGAAGCUGGCAACUCUAAAGGACCAGUUUCUUCCAGUAAAAGAAGUGUUUACCUGAACCCCAUAAGACUUGUACAAAAUGGGGGUGGGCUCUGCAGGCAUUGCCUUGUGUUUAAAGGCAAAUGUAUUCUUAAGCUGCAGACACUAAAGAGCCCAGCUAUGAGUUGAGACACCUGGCAGAAGAGCUGUCUUUCUGGUACUGUGGUCUCCGUGUGACAUACACCUGGGGCAUUACAGUGCAAAAGGGAAGGCGGGGCUUUUUGAUUUCAGGCCAGCAUGCUAGUUUAAAAUGAUAGAAUUUAAACCAAACUCACACAGAGAAAACAGGGCUGUCUUUUUGGCCAGUGUGCCUUUAGGUUUCAGCGAUGCUUGUUGAACAAAUGGAGACCAGUACUCCGUCCAUUGCUACAGGAUGCCUUACAGCAUCAAGGUGGAAGACUUGUGCAGUAUUUCCUCUUUUUUUAAAGUCCAAAAGUCUAGCUAGAUUCUUACAGUGACCACUGAAAAGAAUUGAGUGUCUGUAUUUCUCUCUCUCAAUAGUGGCAACUCGCUACUGUAUAACGUCUGUGAGUGUGUGUGUGCGUGCGUGUCUGACUGCAGUACAUGCAUGUGUGUUUCCUACUGAUGAUAUGAAACUUGCUGCUGUAAGACUGCAAAAAAAGAAAACAAACGGUGAAAAAAGGACUUUAGCUUUGCUUUAAAGAAACAGUGAAGCUUUUGUUAGUAACAGCCCCGAGGGGGGAAGAGAAAAAUACCAAACAGCUGAAACUAACAUUCCCCGGAGUGUUCCUGUGGAAGAGAGCAGGCCUUGGUUUCUAUAUUGAGUGUGUUUCCUUCCCCCUCUUUUCCCUCUUUCUUUGAUUAUGAUUGUCUGGGUCAUUUAAUGUCAUAAUAUGGACUUUCAGUUACGAUUGCUUGAAACCAAAAUCAGUUUGAAAUCUGGUGUAAGCCCAAAUACAAUGCCUCUUUCUGAUAAAUUCA